UGUGAAAGUAGUGUAUUUCUCUGUUAUUUUCAUUUUGUGAAAUGAAUACUGAAGGUACAAAACCCUCAUCACAGCUUUCACUGGCAUCCAGGUCCUUCUGCAAAUCCUUUGCGGGCUAUGUCUAAAAAAAUUUGGUGAACUUCGUAGUAUGCCAGCUCUGUGCUCUUCUCACGGCGGUGUGGUUCAGACUUUAUCUUCACCCCAGCAAAACCAGUCCUUUUGUGCGACAUGUGGUGGCCACACUGCUGGGCAUCUACUUUGCUCUCUUUUGCUUUGGCUGGUAUGCACUUCAUUUCCUGCUCCAGAGUGGCAUAACUUACGGAAUAAUGAUUCUGACGGGAGUCGAGCACAUGCACAAAAUGAGACGUUUAAUCUACAUACACCAAGGGUCCCCUUACAUGGAAGUCCUCAUUUUGUGCAGCCACCAUGUUUCUACAGAAGCCCUAACGGAUAAACUUUUUUACUAAGUUGUCUCGGACGAUGACAUGUUUGUCCUGUGGCGGCUACCGUAGCUUUUCUAUGCAUUUCAAAAGCGAGGGAUACUGUUUAGUGGUUGCCCUUGGUUAUCUCAGCUUCUGCCAAAUCACUCGGGUUUACGUCUUUGAUUACGGAAUGUACUCCGCCGAUUUUACAGGGCCCAUGAUGGUCAUCACACAGAAGAUAACCAGUGUGGCUUUUGAGAUCCAUGAUGGAAUGGCAAGGAAGGAAGAUCAGCUUAAUCGGGGUCAAAAACUGCUGGCAAUAAGGCGGAUGCCCAGUUUAUUAGAGUACUUCAGUUAUAACUGUAAUUUCAUGGGCAUUUUGGCUGGUCCCACCUGCUCCUAUAAUGAUUACAUCGCCUUCAUUGAGGGCUCCCCCUGUCGUCAUAGAGAUCAGGAAACCAAAGACAAAGUGAAUGGGAAGAGCAGGCUGAAUGACCCUUCACCAAACACGGCGGUCAUCCAAAAGCUGGCCACCUGCUUCAUCUCCUUGAUGGUCUUCCUCUCCGUAUGCAAAGUCUGUCCUGUGGAGCGUAACGUUGAUGAUGAUUUUAUCGCCACCACGCCCAUCUAUGCUCAGGUGGUCUACCUGUAUUUGUCCAUGCUGACCACCCGGCCUAAAUACUACUUUGUUUGGACUCUGGCUGAUGCCAUUAACAACGCAGCAGGAUUUGGCUUUAAUGGUUAUGACAGUGAAGGUUUGCCACGAUGGGAUCUCAUUUCCAACCUCAGGAUCAUGAAUAUAGAGUGCGCAACCAGCUUUAAGGUUUUCCUGGAUAACUGGAAUAUCCAAACAGCACACUGGCUUAAAAGGGUGUGUUAUGAACGUUGUCCUUAUAACCCCACCGCUGCCACCUUUCUGCUGUCAGCCAUGUGGCACGGGGCUUAUCCAGGAUACUACCUCACCUUCCUCACGGGCAUUGUCAUCACACUUGCAGCCAGAGCAGUAAGGCAUAAUGUCAGACCAUACUUCUUGGGCUCACCAACUCACAAGUUCAUAUAUGACAUCAUCACAUGGGCGGCUACACAGAUUGCCAUUUGUUACACAGUGGUACCAUUUGUGCUGCUUUCUGUGGGCCCUUCGCUCAAGUUUUACAGGUCUUGGUACUUCUCCCUCCACAUAGGCUGUAUAUUGCUGGCCAUCGCGCUGCCUGUGAAACCACGCCAUCUUCGGCUGAAAGAGCAACAGGCUGCCCUCCAACCAAGUUUGGAGAUCACAGACAGCAACCAGAAACAAAAAGCUACAUGAGUCCUGAAACGCCUUGCUGCAUUUCGACAUACACACAGACUGGGCACACGUACCUAUUCUCAAGCCACACAUGAAAAGAGUCAUCCCUUGGCUCAGUAUAGUGGUACCAGGAUUUUACCAUGAUUUGAGAUGAUGGAAUAAAUCUGCCUGGUAUAAGGUGGAGUUGCCAAGAAAACAUAGUUGUAUAAAAUUACUUUGUGAUCCAACUUGCUACAGCAAGUAUUAGUGUGCUGACCUAGUGGUCUAAUUUUGGGCUAUAAAUAUAAUUUGCAGGAGACAAGACCAAUACCAAUUGGAAAACAAUGGCAUUAUUAUGUUUAAAAACUAAAUGAGUUCAUAUGAAAGGAGUACCCAAAAUAAAUAUAAAGUUGUCCCCAAAAUAAAGACAUGAAUGAAGAUACAGCAGCUUACGAUUUGAUUUCGUAAAACGGGGCCCUUGGCUUUUUUUGUCAUGUUAUGUUUGUUGUAACGUCUUGUCCAUGUAGUCUUCACAUCAAACUCUGAAAGUUAUAUGUAGUACAUUCCACUCUAAAGACCAGAGAUUAUUUUCCCAUAAACAAAAGUAUUAGACUUCUUAUCACAUCUCAUUUGGGUGUGUUGAAAAGUAAUCUUUAACCUGUACUGGAAUGUUAAGGCAACAUCUGGGGGAAAGUGUCUGAUAGUACUGUUAAUUGUGCGACCUUUGCAAGUCAGUGACAGUGAAUCUGUAUGUAUAGUUUUGCACAUUAUGGCCAUAAGGUUUGGCCUGCUGAAGGUUAGAAAUGAAGCUGAUGUCUGUGUUCAAGUUCAUUGAAAUCGUGUAGGAGGUCCUCUGUCUGUGUGGACCUUGAAUUUUAUUUUAUUUUUUAAAUUAUGUGAUUAAAAGGGGCCUUUUACUACUUUGUGGUGUAUUUGUUUACUGGUAACCAUGUACAGGUCAUGUGCAGUUCCAAAUUAAUAAUUCAGUAAUAAAAUGUCUGAAAUAUA